GGAUGUUUAGUUAGUCAAUUAUAUAUUAGUUUAUCACAAAAAAUUAGAAAGAAAUGCAUUGCAUAAUAGGUUUAACUGAUUUAAGUUGAUUAUAUAGUGUGCUGACAAAUAUUGUGAGGGUACAAAAUAUGUAAUAAUUAAUGAAAGAAGAUUAAACACACCAUAAUCAUUUAUAUAUAAUGAUUUACUAUAAUAUUUUACACUUUAUAUAUUGCAUGGUAAGAUACGUGAGUGACUUAGUACCAUAUCAUUUGCAUAUUAUCACAAAAACAUAAGCAACAUGAUGAUUAAGGCGUUGGAGGAGUGAAAUGGCAAGGGUUUGAAUCCCAUUUGCAUGUGUGCUUUGUGUUUUUUUCAUCCUUUUUUUUCAUUACAUCAAUAUUUUCUAUAUUAUAGCGAUAUUGAUAAAAUAUUGUUGAAGUGUGAGCGAAAUUAUUGACAUCGAUAUUUUAUGAUAUUAUCGAUAUUUUAUAUGAUAUGUGUAUGAAUAUGUUCCGAAAUAUUUGUGAUCUGAAAUAACGAUAAUAUCCUCUAUAUUUCAUCAAUAUUAUCAAUAUUUGGACUAUGGUUCUAACCACGGGCGGAACCAAGUUACCAUGGGCUCUAGCCUAGAUAGCCUUUUUGAAAAUUAAAAUAUAAUAAAUGUAUUUUAAUGUGAUUUUAGAUUAAUUUGCUUGCUCAAUUAAGAAAUAAUCCUUUAGUAAACACACAUGACUUUAACUUUCUACCUUUUUCUAUUUUUUUCCAUUGUUUUUUUUUUUUUGGUUGUCAAUAUUAACGACACUCUUUUCAAUUAGGUAGUACAAAGAGUGGGGUUACUGCGGUUCAUAUGAAGAAUAUGUUUAUAGCAAUUUCUAUUAUUGUCUACAUUGAAAAAGAAUUUGUUGAUAAUAUCGAUUCAUAUACAAUAACAAAAUAUUUCAAUCCUCUCAAGGAUCAUAGGGCACAAUUUGAAUAUGUACAAUUUCAAUUCUGUUGUUGAAUAUAUUUUCAUUUUGAUACUGUUUGUGUUUUUGGGGCAUUUUACAUGUAUUUAUUUUAUGUUAAAAUUUAUUAAAAAUUAGUCAAUAAAAUUAUGAACUAACAGUGAUUUAUAUGCUUUAAUAUAUAUCUUAUUUCUAGAAAAACUAUAAAGGUUCCGUCCUUGGUUCUAACGCCCCGCUAAUUCCAACCAAAACUCCCAAAAUCCCCAAUUACCUGACUGACUCCUCCGUGUCUGGUCUCUGGUCUCUGGUCUCUACACUCUCAGCACUCAGCAGAGAUGUUGUUGCAGUUGCAGAGCCUGCGGGCAUGUUCAGUUGCCGACCGCACUCACGUGAUCCUCCCAUCCUCACGUGUCAUCCGUACGUCGCUCCAUCUCCAUCGUUGGUCAAUUUCUUGUCCGACGACCCGGCCACGUCUCCGAUCACUCCCCACCGUUAGGAGCUGUACCGCCCUCGCAUUCGAUUUCAAAGGUGGAAAAGGAAUGAGUGAGUUUCUUGAUGUUGAACUUAAAGUCCGCGAUUAUGAACUUGAUCAAUAUGGCGUCGUUAACAAUGCUGUUUAUGCAAGUUACUGCCAGCAUGGUCGUCAUGAACUUCUGGAAAGUGUUGGCAUCAGUGCUGAUGCAGUUGCCCGCACUGGUGACGCAUUAGCAUUGUCAGAAUUGUCACUCAAAUUCCUUGCGCCACUCCGAAGUGGAGACAAGUUUGUAAUAAAGGUCAGGCUCUCUGGUUCCUCAGCCGCCCGCUUGUACUUUGAUCACUUUAUUUUCAAGCUGCCAAAUCAAGAGCCUAUCUUGGAAGCAAAGGCCACAGCAGUGUGGCUUGACAAAAGCUAUCGCCCUGUCCGUAUUCCACCGGAGGUGAAAUCUAAAUUUGUUCAAUUUCUUCGUCACGAGGAGUCUAACUGAUUUUCCUGCAACAUGGAGUUGGUGGGAAAGACUCAUUACUACAGCUCCAGUUGGAUAUGUAUCUUGUUUCCCGCUUGCACCAGGGACAUGGAGGAGGAAGAAGAGAUUUCAGUCACAAAUUACACCUUAUCAAAGUUUUUAUUAAUGUCAAAGAUGUAAACAAUUACUUGUAUAGAAUUCAUCAAACUUGUCCGGUCAUAAUCUGUAGGGCGCAAACAAGCAACCUCUUAACAAUUUCCAAUUUAAGAGAAAAGUGGGGGAUGUCUGUGAGAUGAGAUAUUUAUAAGAUUCAUGAUUGGCUUAUGAUUUUAAUUGAAAGGUAA